UGUUGUCUUUGCACUGCUUCAACCAGCUGCUCCAACUUUUUAAGGUUGAAGAAGAAAAAGGGUUCAGGAAAAGCUCCCCCGGUUUAUUCCUCUCAAAGGAGGGAUGCUGUCACAGAACCUGGCAACUUCAACUCUCAUUCAGCCCCGAACUGUAAACAAGCGGAGGACCCGGUGUGAUUAGCUAAAGCUGACCCAAGUAACUCCCUCCUCUGUCAGUCCAUCUAAAUCUUCAAGUUAAAUUUUCAGCCCAAGCUAUUCAAAACAAUGACAGCGACCUGACCCAUGGAACUCCCCAGUGGCUGCAUGAGUCAACCUCUUCUGGAUCUAGAUCAUGAAUGACAAACUGGUCUUCCUUGGACUGCUGUACUUCGUCCAGGGCAUCCCCUAUGGUCUUCAGUCCUCUCUGCUUCCUCUCUAUCUGCGUGGAGCUGGUCACUCACUCACCCGCAUAGGGUUCACCAAGAUCCUCUACUUCCCCUGGGUACUCAAGGUGCUCUGGGCACCUCUGGUGGACCGGGUCGGUACCAAGCGCCGCUGGCUGGUGGCAACAGUGUGUGGCCUUGCUCUGACAUGCCUCAGCAGUGCCGCUCUGGCCCCAGAGGCACAUAUCUGGGGGGUGGCUGGAACUCUUUUGACUAUGAACACCCUCGCGUCCGUUCAGGACAUUGCUGUAGAUGGAGCUGCUGUGGGGUUGUUGAAAGGACGUGGGGAGCUGGGGUUGGGUAAUACGGCGCAAGUUGUAGGUUAUAAAGCUGGGUCGGUGUUCGCAGGAGGCGGACUGCUGGCUGUGAUCGAUGUGGCUGGAUGGAGCUGGAUGUUUGUGUUGCUGACGUUUGUAUACUCAGGGAUGGCCCUGUUUGUGUGGGGAACCCCAGUUCUGGACCAUGAGACGGUACGGGGCCAGCAGGCGGACGGCACCAAAAGAGGAGGUGAAGCUGUGAGGCCAUGGAGGAUAUGGAGGAAACUGCUGGCGGUCCCAGGCACACCAUGGACUGUCCUCUAUGUGCUCACCUACAAACUAGGUGAGCAGGGAGCAGUUACCAUGUUUCCUCUCUUCCUGCUGGAUCAUCACAUGACGGCAAGAGAGCUUGGCUUCUGGAAUGGAGUGAUCGCCAUGGGCUUCUCCAUCUGUGGCUCGUCUCUGGGGGGGCUGCUACUCGCACAGUUCAGCAUCGGGGCUCUGAUGCGACGUGUGUUUGUGCUGCGAACCGUCAGCAUGGUCUUCCAGAGCUCUCUACUGACAGUGCUGGAGCCAUCACCACUCCUGAAAGGUAUGGCAGUCCUGAGCAUGAGCGUUCAGCACUUCCUAGGUGGUCUCAUCACCACUCUCACCUUCACUACCAUGAUGCAUUGCACCCAGAGAGCAGAGGAAAGCAUUCAGGCCACCCACUACAGUUUCCUGGCGACUCUGGAGGUGCUGGGGAAGCUGAUGUUCGGCGCGCUGGCUGGAGGCUUGGUGGACUGGUUCGGAUUCCAAGUAGCCUUUCUCUUCUUUCUCAGCCUCUCUGCAGGAACAGCUCUUCAUGUGUGGACAGCUACUUUCACCGGCGCUCUUCGAGAGCACCAGCUGAAAGACCAGCCCAAAUAAAACCAUACGGAAAAGUUCUGAUCCAAUGCAGGCGCUGAUGCACAACAGUAGUGUUUUAAACUUGACUGUGAGUAAUUCAAAAAGAAAACAGCAUUCUUAAACCUUCAUUUAUAUAUUAUUGUGGUCUUACAGGCCAAUCAGGUUUUACAUCAAAUGUUUCAUUUAAAAAAAAAGUCUUAACUACUUUUCUUUGUAGGUUAGCAUUAUUAUUUUAGGAAUAGCUUUCUUGAUGAAACUUGAAUCACAAGGUCUAAAUUUUGCUAAGAAGAAAAUUCACCACUGUUAAAGGGGCUGUUGUUGGAUUUUACAUCUUGCUUUUAUGAGUCAAAAUUUGUGUUUUUUUUUCAUAUCCUAGCAGUUAUAAAAAAAUAUAAUUCAAAGACCUCUUGAGUACUAAAUAUAGCAUAAGUAACCUGAGCUUGAAAGAUCAAAGUUAAGUGACUCCGCUUUAGUAAAUGACUACAAAAAAGGAAAUGUGGGAGUAAGGAUGUAAUCGUAGGUCACCAUUAAAUUGAAAAAUAAAUAAAUUCACGAGAAUGAAAUUAUAAAUUCAUGAGAAAAGAAAGUCUUUAAGAAUAAAGUUGUAAAUGUAUUAGAAAAUGUGUGUACAUUUAUAAGAGAAAAGAGGAAACAAGUAAAAUGUUAUGUUACUAAAGUUAAAAUUUCAUAGGUUUUUAAUUGAGAAUUUAUUAGAUUAAUGUCUUUAGAGCCUUUAUCAGUUCGUAUAUUUUUCUUUUUUUAUAAAUCAUAAAUCUACAACUUUAUUCUUGUAAAAUUGCAACUUCUUUUGUUAAAAUUUCACAACUUUAUUCUCGUAAUUUUAUUUUUAUGGUGGCCCUAAUACUAGAUAGAAGCAGGUAAUGCUAGACGAUGUUAGGUAAAAGAAUUUGAUAAUAACUUUUUCAUAUUUUGGCUAUAGUAAUUGUCAUUCUUGUAUAUAACAACGUAGUUGCCAAUACAUUUUAGAGUAGCUCAAAAAAGCACAAAGAAUGGUCACCAGAGUGAUUUUUCACUUUUUGGCUAAAAAAAAACCCUGAGAUAUAAAAAAAAUCAGUAAAGUCAAAGCAGUUUUUUAUGUUCAGUGCCACUUUAAUAUCCUUAUAAGCCAUUAAUAUGAGCUAUAGCCAAAAGCAUCAUUGCUGCACUUUUGUUGUAUCACUGUACUGUGUAGGUGUUAGUCGUUCUUCCAUGUUUUAUGGUUUACAGUUUAAUAAUGUAAAUCUCUGCUACCUCUUGCCUCUGGAUGGUACAUUAUAAAUGCACAGAAUGUACAGUAGAUGAUCCAUACAAAACAACGGUUUAUCAGCUGUGAUUAAAACAUAUUACUCCAAUCAGUAGGUUUGCAUUUGCAGAGGCUUUGUCUUCAAAGGAAAGCUUUUAUGUAGUUCAGCCAUUGCAUAAGGAGCACUCAUUGGAAGUAAUUAACUGCUUUAUUGCAGGAGUCAAAUAAUCCUUUCUGUUAGUGGACAGAGUGUCAUAGUGAUUCUCAGCCUUACACAGUGCAUGGUGCCAUCUUCUUAUGUUUGUCUCUAUUAAAAAAUGAAAACUUCCAUAUACAGUCACACUGGAAAAUACUGUAGUUUUUUUAUAUAUGAAAAAAUACACAAUAUUUAUUCAAACAAUAUUGUAGCUUUUCAUAGUUAUUUAUCCCAUAAGAUAGUUCCUCCACUAGUUUUAAAUACAAAUAUAAACAUUUUUUUUAUUUAGGAGAAUGUAUAGAUCAAAUUUAAGUCUUAAAUUGUAUUCACUAUGCAGGUUCAAGCCAGCAGUUUGAGGUGGCAUGCCAAAAUGAUUUAAAUAAAGGCAUUUCAAUAUGGUGAACUAAUUCAAACAGCUGGGCUUCUCAUCUAUUUAAAUAGUUGGUAGCAAAUAAGUCCAUAUUUAAAUAAUUACAGAGCACAUCCUUGUCUCAGCUGAGAUGUUUAAGGAAAUAAAGCUGUUCAAUGAAA